AUGAAGCCCGCCUCAGCGCAGAUCGCUGCGGUGCGUGUAACUGUGAUUGUUUUGACCAUCAAGAUUGUUUCGACCGUCACGAUUGUUUGGACCAUUGAGAUUAUCAAGAUCGCAUCCACCAUCAAGAUGCCAGCAGGACCUCUCCCCGUCAUCAUCGUCGGCGCCGGGCCCGUCGGAAUGAUCCUUGCGUACGCCCUCUCCCGGCAGCAGAUCCCAACCAUCCUGAUCGAGCAAGACCCCCAGAACAAAACAACCGAAUACCCCAAAAUGGACUUGACGAAUAGUCGGAGCAUGGAGCUUCUCCGCACACUGGGGCUCGCCGAUCAAUAUCGCGCGCUUCCCGGGGCAGUUGGCAAAGACGUGAGCUUCGAAUGCGUGUUCGUGACCUCGUUGCAUCCCGAGAAGGGGAAGGAGUUUGGACGCUGGAGUGUCCCUUCUAUUCAGGAGCAGAAAUGGGAGAGUAAGUGGGUGAAUGAUGGGUCUUAUCCUGCGGAGCCGGGACAGAGAUGCUCGCAGAUUGUCUUUGAGAGGUGGUUGAGGGGGUUGGUGUUGGGUUGUGAGAAUGUUGAGUUCUGGGGAGAACGGACGUAUAUUGGGCAUGAGGAGCUGGAGGGCAAAGUGCAGGUUAGGGUUGUGGAUGCCCUUGGGAAGGAGGAGACUGUUGUUGGACGGUUCCUUGUUGGUUGUGAUGGGGCGAAGAGCGCUGUGAGAAAAUCAGCCGGGAUCAAAAUGGUGGGUGCGAAAAUUCCUGCGCGUCUGCAACUAGUGCACUUCCGCUCAAAGGCCCUGGCCUCGAUCCUCGACCAGAACGGAUCCCGCUUCUGGCAUGCCUUCCCCGUAGGCUCAGGCUUCUUAAUCGACCAAGACGACAAGCAUACAUUCACAGCGCACUACCCUCUCCCGGAAGCCAUAUCCGAAGUCUCAGCCUCAGGCGACCAUGACGCUAUUCCCGCCCUCGAUCCCAAGGAAGUCAUCCACCGCGUCAUAGGAGGUCACGGACUCACCGGAACCCCCUGGAACAUCCCAGUCGACGAAAUAUUGGUCAGCAGCUUAUGGCAGCCCAGCUUAGGAAUCACCUCUGCUUACUCCACCCCGUCCCUCCUCGUCUUCCUCGCCGGAGACUCCUCUCACCUUUCUCCUCCCCACGGUGGCUUUGGCCUCAACAGCGGGCUCGUCGAUGCGGUGGCGUUGGCAUGGCGGCUCGCUGCUGUGGUCAAGGGGUAUGGUGGGAAGCAUCUGCUUUCCUCUUAUACCCUUGAGCGGAGGCCGACGAUGAUGCGAGCCUUGUGUCGGUCCUUCCGACAUCUCGGUGAGCAUGUCGAGUUAGGUAAGUUGUACGGUAAGUUUGGGGAUGUGCUUGAUGGCGAGUCCGACGAGGGUAAGUAUGCUCGGGCGUUCCUGGGACGAUGGAUCGCCGAGUCGGGCUCGGACAUCUUGGAUAGGGGCAUCGAGUUGGAUGUCCGGUAUGAUUUGAGUACGUGCAUCUGGGCUGAGGCUGGCUUUGGGGAUGAAGGGAACGAGGAAGAGGAGGAUGCUUGGGAUGUACACCGGUACAAACCAAGCACGAAGCCAGGCCGUCGAGCACCGCACGUAUUCCUGAACGACGGAAUGACGAGCACAUACGACUUCUUCGGCAACGAGUGGACGCUGACGCAAUUCAUCACCAACGAUACACAGGUAAGUGAGGUAAGUGCAUUGGUAAGCGCAGCGGCGCGGAGAAGCUUUCCGAUGAAGCAUGUUGUUUUGUGUGGUGAGGAGCACGUGAGGGAGAUCUGGGGAUGGGAUCUCGUGCUUAUCAGGCCGGAUACGCAUGUUGCUUGGCGAGGAAACGAAGGAAUAGGGUUGGAGGAAGCUGAAGAGGUUUUGGAUGUUGUUUUGGGCUUCAGGUCGAGGCCUGGGUAUACGCAUGCGAAGGAUCAAGAGGAGGAUUGUUUUUUGGAUAUCGUGGGCGAACUGGGCAGGAUGGAUAGAAGCAACGGCGGUCCAGAUGCGAGGGAGGCUAGGCUUUGA